AUGUCGAAACGCAUCCAGUCCUUUUUUCAACCGGUGUCCAAGAAACCCAAGAUUGACAAUAGCGAACCCGAAGAACUCACCCGCAGCAACCAUGCCACCUACCCCUUCCCCAUCGCCGACCUGCCGUCGCGCAUCUCCAAUCCCUUGAACGACCACCAGCCCCGACCGUCGCAGUCGAUCACCAACCACCCCGACCUCAACCUGCUCUACUUCCAACCGCUGCUGCUGUCGUCCGUGGCACGCGACCUAUUCCACUUCCUCCGCGCCGAACUACCCUUCUAUCGCGUGCAAUACACGAUCCGUCGCGGCGGGAUCGACACGCAGAUCAACACGCCGCGAUUCACGACGGUAUUUGGCGUCGACGAGACCUCGCGAUUCCGCCUCCCUUCGAACCCACCUCAAUCCGACCCCACGCCGACAACACACCUCGCUCACGAACUCGUCGACACGCAAAAGCACACCCCCGUCUCGAAAAGCAGAUAUACGCGCGCCCCGCGCCCCAUCCCCCCGUGCCUAGACGCGCUACGCCGUGUCGUUGAAUCCGUCUCCGCCGGCGCGACCUACAACUUCUGCCUGGUGAACUACUACGCGACAGGAAACGACAGCAUCACGUACCACUCGGACGACGAGCGAUUCCUGGGCGCCGAGCCCGCGAUCGCAUCGCUGUCCCUCGGCGCGAAACGGGACUUUCUGAUGAAGCACAAACCGCCGCCGACGCCGGAGAAGAAUCCAGGGCGCGAGUCGCGACCGUUGAAAUUCCCGCUGGGGUCGGGCGAUAUGAUCAUCAUGAGAGGCCCGACGCAGGCAAAUUGGCUGCACAGUAUCCCCAAACGGAAGGCGGAGGUGGGAGGGGUCGGGCAGGGGCGGAUUAAUAUUACCUUUCGGAAGGCGAUCGUCCCUGGGGGAACGGAUAACUAUUAUCACUACAAUGUCGGGGAUGGGGGUGUGUAUCGGUGGAGUGAAGAGAAGGGGGAGAUGGUGUUGAUGGACGGGGAGAGGAAAGAGGAAGGGGGUAAAGAGGCACAGUGA